GGCUUUUGAGGAAGAUGUGACAACUACCGGAGGUCUUUUCGCCAUUCCUCCAGGACUUCCACUGUAAGGAAAACAGCCCCUGGACCAACAUCCUCUAAGAUGUUUAUAUGGACCAGUGGCCGGACCUCUUCAUCUUACAGACACGAUGAGAAAAGAAAUAUUUACCAAAAAAUCAGGGACCACGACCUCCUGGACAAAAGGAAAACUGUCACAGCACUGAAAGCAGGAGAGGACCGGGCCAUUCUCCUGGGACUGGCCAUGAUGGUCUGCUCCAUCAUGAUGUACUUUCUGCUGGGAAUCACACUCCUGCGCUCAUACAUGCAGAGCGUGUGGACUGAGGAGUCUCAAUGCACCUUGGUGAAUGCGUCCAUCACAGAAACAUUUAACUGCUCCUUCAGCUGUGGUCCAGACUGCUGGAAACUCUCUCAGUACCCCUGCCUCCAGGUGUACGUUAACCUGACUUCUUCUGGUGAAAAGCUCCUUCUCUACCACACCGAAGAGACCAUGAAAAUCAAUCAGAAGUGCUCCUAUAUACCUAAGUGUGGAAAAAACUUUGAAGAAUCCAUGUCCCUGGUGAAUGUUGUCAUGGAAAACUUCAGGAAGUAUCAACACUUCUCCUGCUAUUCCGACCCAGAAGGAAACCAGAAGAGCGUCAUCCUCACCAAACUCUACAGUUCCAACGUGCUGUUCCAUUCACUGUUCUGGCCAACAUGUAUGAUGGCUGGGGGCGUGGUGAUUGUAGCCAUGGUGAAACUCACACAGUACCUCUCCCUGCUCUGUGAGAGGAUCCAACGGAUCAAUAGAUAAAAGCAAAAGGGAUGAGAUCGUUUUCUUUAAAGCUCAAAUACUGUUUUCUUUCAUUCUUCACCAAAGAACCUUAAGUUUGUAAUGUGCAGUCUGUUAUGAGUUCCUUAAUAUAUUCUUAUAUGUAGAGCAAUAAUGCAAAAGCUGUUCUAUAUGCAAACA